UGCCUCUGUUUUUUGCUUAUAAAUUAAGCAACUCUCUCAAACCCAUUCUCCAUCUUAUCAAUUUUCAUCUUCUUUUUCUUUCUCUUCCGUCUUCCCUUAACCAUGUCUCAGACUGUUGUCCUCAAAGUUGGAAUGUCCUGUGAAGGCUGUGUUGGAGCAGUGAAGAGAGUUCUGGGAAAGUUGGAUGGUGUGGAAUCAUAUGACAUUGAUUUAAAGGAACAGAAGGUGGUAGUGAAGGGAAAUGUCCAGCCAGACACAGUUCUGCAGACUGUCUCUAAGACUGGCAAGAAGACUAGCUUCUGGGAAACUGAAGCACCUUCUGAAACCAAAGCUUAACUGUUGCUGAAAACAGUUAACUCUAUCCUAUGUGGGAUAAUUAGCUCUGUGAAUCAAAAACUAUUUGUUGGACUGGCAAAAACAACAUCUUGCCUGAUGUAUUUUAUUAUGCCAAAACAAAGUCUGUCGUAUAUUACUGUUUUUAUUUACUGUGAUGCUUUAUUAUUUAAUGUGCUUUGU